CAUCCUCAAAUCAUACUUCUCAUCUACUUCAACAAUUGUCUAAAUAGCUAUAAAACGAUGGUACUAGUCACAUGGAUUUCAUGAAGACCACCGGCAUUGUUGUCGCGUGACAGGAGGUCCCAUAAUUCCAAUCAUUGUGCUAGCGAAAGUUUUUAUGCGGAACGUGGGGUGGACCUUGUUGACUUAUCGAUCAGCACCUCCCUGUCGAACAGCAGUGGUGAACAAGAAAACAAAAUCUUGUUUACCACCACAGUCGAACAUUUUUGUUUAA